AUAUAAAAGUUUAUAACUUAUUUAAAUUAAUAAUAAUGUAUGAUAUAUAAUAUAUAUAUAUAUAUAUUAUCUCGCUCUUCUAUGUAAUCUCAACUCAAUAACUGAAUCGUUGGUGAUAGAAGUAAACAAAAAAACUAAUAAUAAGAUUUCUUCUUAUACGACACCUAUAAUUUAACAUUAUGUUAGAUUAAUUUUUGAAAUGAAACUUCUUUUGGGAGGAUAUCGAAAAUUUUCAAGUCAAAUAACCUCCAAUCUUUGUUCUUAACGUUAUCUAUCUCCCCCACGCUCAAGUAUAUUUUCAGACAUUCGAUCCAUAACCAUCAUCUGAUUGAAACUCUAUUGAUAACGAGCAGACUAUUCUGGACCACCCAUUAAAUCCUCUAAUUAAGUUGUUUGCAAAUCUUCAGAAGUGGGAUAAAUGAAGAAAUAUUGAUCGGGCAGCUUUCUCCAUACCUAUAGAAAUGUGAGUGGCAAAAGUAUAAAAAUAACUGUACGUGUGAGAUCGGUUAAUCGAUAAUUAUUGCGAGAUGCGUUUGUUAUAGACGGAUGAGAGGAGAUAAACUGCAUUAAAAAAAAAUCCACUGUUAAUAUUAAAGCUUAUUCAAAUGUCUUUCGACGAUAAGAUUUUAUCCGAGGAACAUCCUCGAAAUUUAAUACCGGAAUUAUGUCAACAAUUUUAUCAUUUAGGAUGGGUUACUGGUACUGGUGGGGGUAUAUCCAUCAAGCAUGAAAACAAGAUCUACAUAGCUCCAUCAGGCGUACAGAAAGAACGAAUAAAAGCAGAAGAUAUGUUUGUUCAAGAUAUAAAUGGAAUAGAUUUAGAACUACCACCAGCUGAAAAAAAAUUAAAAAAAUCACAAUGUACUCCAUUAUUUAUGUGUGCAUAUCUUAGAAGAAAUGCUGGUGCUGUAAUCCAUACACAUUCUAAAGCUGCUUUGAUGGUUACUUUAUUAUGGCCUGGAAAAGAAUUUCAGGUCACUCAUCUUGAAAUGAUAAAAGGUAUAAGAAAUCAAAAGUUAGGAAAAGCUUAUCGUUAUGAUGAAAAGCUAGUGGUACCUAUAAUAGAAAAUACACCUUUUGAAGAAGAUUUAAGAGAGGAAUUAGAUAAGGCAAUUACUGAAUAUCCAGAAACAUGUGCAGUUCUAGUACGUAGACAUGGUGUUUAUGUUUGGGGAGAUACUUGGCAACAAGCCAAAACAAUGACUGAAUGUUAUGAUUAUUUAUUUAAUGUUGCUAUACAAAUGAAACAACAUGGUUUAAAUCCAGCAUCAAUUCCAUCAGUGUCGUGAACUUCGUUGUUAAAAAAUAUUGUUAAAAUUAAUAUAAUAGUUUUUGGUAAAUCCUUUUUGCUAAUAUAUAAAUAA